AUGACCACUCUAGGUGCUGCUGCUUCCGACAGCCACCUCGGCCCACCGGCCCCAGAUAUAUCAGACAAGCCUUUGGGUUCUUACCCAUCUCCCCCAUUGAAUGGCGCUACUCCCACCAACGACAAGAACAACCAUCAUCAAGACAUGUCUGCUCAGUCUGAGAUCCUUAAUGCCACUGAUCCACAUCCAUACUCUGCCCCGGCGGUCGAUGGCUACUUCCGCCCUUCCCAUGCUGCUUACUCAAGCCACUCGCCUGCUUCCACCAAGCUGAAUUCGCUACUGUCUGACUCUUCUGAUGAUGUCCCGCUUUCCAUGAGGUUUAUGCAUAAACCUCUGCGUUCGGGCGAUCAGUUGAGGAAAGCUAGCGACCCUACAAGACGUAACUCCUUGAUCAACGCUCAUAUCGAUGAUUCCAACUUGAACGAGUGCUCGUCUCCUAACCAUCUGCGCCUGGCUUCUAUGGAUGGAGCUCCCUACCGUUUGGUCAGGAAGAAACUGGGCGAGAUUGUCAAGAGUCUGUUGAAGGAAGGCUGUUCUACGCAUCGCUCAAAGUCGCUCCCUUCGACUCCGUCGUUUAAGCUGGUUCAUUUCGGUAGCGAUGCAGAUAUACGUUAUUUCUCCAAGAAGGAUAGACCCACAGCUAUCCUGGCUCAGAACUCUCCUGCUCUUGGACCUGAAGAUGAUGACAUUAGCGGCGACGACGAUGAAGACGAAGACUACUUGGCUCGUGCCCAAAAGGAAUUCGAUUACUUCGAUGAUGAGUUGAACUCUCACGCAGAAUCUUUUACGCCCUCGUCUGGCCCCCAGAAAGCUAGCGGUAUCACGAAGUACCCAGCGCCUCAUCAUGGUCGUCUUAUAGACUGGGAUGUCAAUGUCACCAACUUCCCUACUACCCUGCUUCAUGACCGUAUUACUAGCAUUCGGCCGCCAGUGUUUCUCGAGAGAGUAUUUGUCUCCAUUGAUAAACGCUUCCUUUUGGGCCAUAUUGCCGUCAGCAACAUCACCUACGAAAAAUCUGUCACCGUGCGUUAUACCUUGGAUAACUGGGCUACAAUCGUCGAGAUACCAACCAUAUACGUACCCGAUAUUCCAGCAUCAUUGCGCAAGCAUAAUUACGACAGGUUUGUUUUCAAGAUUCCACUCGAUUCCAUGUUUAAUUCCUUCCACAUGGGCGACGAAUCGAAUUUCCUGUUCAGCCGUGAACAUCAAAAAAUUUACCAUUUAUGCAUCCGCUACUCAUUGCCUGGCCAUGAAUUCUGGGACAAUAAUGGCGGGAAGGAUUAUCUGAUCAAAAUCAAAAAGACGAUUCGCUCAAGCGAGCAACUGGCUGGUCCAGAUUUCGUCUCUGAUGAUAAGAAGAAACAGACUCCACGUCUCCGUGGAGGUGGGCUGGUACUUCCUAAGACUGCUCGUUCCAAACCAGAAGCGCACAGUCAGAGGCCAAAGUAUUCGUCUCACUACAUGAAGCGGUUCCAUUCCGAGCCCAACUUAAAUGCACCCAAAUCGGAAUCGAAGAAGGAGAAUAAAUCUAAUGACCAUAACGAUUUCGAGAAUAACAACUUCUACCUUUCUUCGCCUUUAUUCACGAGUAUCAAAAACAAUCGCAGCGAUGCACUUUGCGAGGAUCAAGACAACCUCAAAGAUGCUUCUUUGCAACGUGAUCUACUGAAUGCAAGGCUGAAAGACAACAAGAAGGAAUUCUCGAACAUCCCUCGAGACUUGGCAUCACGCGAAGAUAUCCCCACUGAUUCAAGCUCGACUGCGGGAUCGCCUUCACCUAUGGAGGGUAUUCUUCCUUCUCGUCCUUUGCAUGGAAGUCCUGCCGUGAACGGUUUUUCUGAUGGCUUCGAUAGCCUCAUGGACCUGAAAUCCUACAAGGAACUCUUAGAGUCCUACUGCUUCUUCACCACCCCCUCACAACACCUUUGUCCAAAUUCACCUCAGCAUCAUGAGAAUUUGUCUCAUGUGGAUCCGAAGGAUACGGGACCUGAUAGAUCUUUGGAUCCUGACAAUGCAUUUACCGUGUCAUCCUUUUUGCGAAAGUAA